CCCGUCGGCGGUGGCAUCCGGAAGAACAAGAGAUCUUCUUCCAGCUCCAAUUCCUCUUCAUCACCCUCCUCCUCUUCUUCAUCCAAGAAGCCUCUUUUCUCCAACAACAGCAACACCCCUUCGCCGCUCCCUCAGCUAAACCCUAAGAUCGGUGAAGCGGCUACUACUACUACUAAAGUUCAAGACUUGGCGUUUCCUCAGGGGUUUGGGAACGCCCACGAGGUUAAAGAUCUUCAGUAACCCACUUGUCUCAACCUCCUCUGCUUUGGAGCUUUUAGGGAUCUCUAAUUCCUCCGCUUCCUCUAAUUCACGCCCUGCUUUCAUGUCUUUUCCAAAUGUUCACGAUUCAUCCGUCUACACAGCUUCUGGUUUCGGUAUGAGUUACCCACAGUUUCAAGAGUUCAUGAGACCAGCUUUGGGCUUCUCCCUUGAUGAUGGGGAUCCUCUACAUCAAGAAGAGGGGUCCAGUGGCACUACUCCUGCCACUACUAAUAAUGGAAGGCCUUUACUGCAAUUUGAGAGCCUGCAACUUCCAGUUUCAUCACCAAGCACCAAUAGUGGUGGCAAUGUGAAAGAGAAUGAUUAUCAUAGUGAUCAUGAACAUGAGAAAGAAGAAGGAGAAGCUGACCACUCUGUUGGGUUUUGGAAUGGCAUGUUGAGUGCUGGCACUACUUCUGCUGCAGCAUCUGGUGGUGGAUCAUGGCACUGAUUAUCAUAGUCCCAAGGACCCAAGAUGUUCUUUUUUUACAAGAAAAGAUCAAAAAAUUUCAUCCAAAUUUUAAAAGAUGGAGAGGGUUAACAACUUCAAUCUGGGUGUUUAGUACCUUUUGUUUUGGUUUCCUCCUUUUGUCUAAAAACUAGUAUUAACUUUGUUGGGGUUGGGGAUGGAUACUGUAUCUAUUUUAGACUCUUUUAAAUCAAAUCUCAGUUGUUCGUUUACCUAAUUUUAUGAUAUUUUUUCCGUCUAUCUCAA